AUGGCGACCCCAUUCCUUAUCUCUUACGACCCCUCCUCCCCCACCUCCGACUCCGGACUCUCGCUCAAGCAGAUCGCCUACUUCGGUCGCGUACUGGUCAAGGUCUCGAGUCUCGCCCAGGCAGAACAAUUCCUGCGCCAGAACUUCCGUGCCCUCGAUGUCUUCGUCAACGCAACAGAGAUCUCCUCCGCCGGUGAUCUUGUCGAUAUUCUCAACGCCGGAGCCGCCAAGAUCCUGAUCACCUUGGAUCAAUUGACCACCCUCUCCGAGGAACAAUCAGUGCCUUCAUCCCGUCUGCUCGUCAAUGCCCUGUCAGACUCUCAGUUGGAUACUUUACAGCAAUGGAUUGCCGCCAAUGCUGCCGAGCGCAGCGAGGUUAGCGUCUGCACCGCACCCGCUGCUGUCCCCGCCGCCGCCGAGAAAUUGAAGAUCAGCUCGGAUUCUCCACGACUCUUCACAACCUUUGGCACUCAGACAGUGUCAGAGGAUUCCAUUACACAAGUUACAAAGCAGGGUGCGAUUGCCGUCAUUCCCUCGCAGGCGUUGACCGUUGAGCGGGAUGUGGCUGGCCAGAUCUCUGCCGCCAAGCUGAUUGCGUCUAGCGCUGUCACUGACCAGGCUAAUGGCUUGUAUGCGACUUCUGUUACCGAUGAGCGCGGCGCUUGUCUCGGUUUUGUUUGGAGCAGCGAUGAGAGCAUUGUCGAGGCUCUGCGCACUGGCACUGGUGUUUACCAGAGCCGGAAGCGCGGACUUUGGUACAAGGGCCAGUCUAGCGGUGAUGUGCAGGAGUUGAUCCGCAUUGGCUUUGACUGUGAUGCCGACUGCUUGGUUUUCGUUGUCAAGCAGAUUGGACGUGGAUUCUGCCACCUCGGUACUGAGACCUGCUUUGGCGCAUCUGCCGGUCUGUCUCGUCUGCAAAAGACUUUGGACGCCCGCAAGGCAGAUGCUCCUGCUGGUUCGUACACCGCUCGCCUGUUCAAUGAGCCCAAGCUCAUCGAUGCUAAGAUCAUGGAGGAGGCUGAUGAGUUGUGCCGUGCGAACACCAAGGAAGAGAUUGCUUUCGAGGCCGCUGACCUCUUCUACUUUGCUCUGACCAAGUGCACUGCUGCUGGUGUCAGUCUGGAGGAUAUCGAGCGGAACCUUGACCUCAAGAGCUUGAAGGUGAAGCGGAGAAAGGGUGAUGCCAAGGGACCUUGGGCUGAGAAGGCUGGCCUGGCCAAGCCCGAGUCAAAGCCCGCCCCUGCUCCCGCUCCCGCUCCCGCUCCAGUCGAGGACCGCACAUCUCGCAUUGAGAUGAAGCGUGUGAUCACUGCCUCUAUCACUCCCCAGGUGGUCGCAGAUUACCUCAAACGUCCUUCUCAGAAGUCCAACGAUGCCAUCGUUGCCCUGGUGAAGCCAAUCAUUCAGGACGUCCGUGACGGUGGUGAUGCCGCAGUCCUCAAGUACACCCACAAGUUCGAGAAUGCUACAUCGCUCACCUCUCCCGUUAUCCACGCUCCCUUCCCCGCUGAGCUCAUGAAGCUGUCCCCUGAGGUCCAGGAGGCAAUUGAUAUCAGCAUUGGCAACAUCGACCGCUUCCACUCCGCCCAGAAGGGCAGCAACGAUGCUCUCCAGAUGGAGACCAUGCCCGGUGUCGUCUGCUCCCGCUUCUCGCGUCCCAUUGAGCGCGUCGGUCUGUACAUCCCCGGUGGCACCGCUGUGCUGCCCUCCACUGCCAUGAUGUUGGGUGUCCCCGCCAUGGUGGCAGGCUGCAACAAGAUCGUUCUGGCCUCGCCUCCCCGCUCCGAUGGCAGCAUCUCCCCCGAAAUCGUCUACGUCGCCCACAAGGUCGGUGCCGAGAGCAUCGUUCUGGCCGGUGGCGCUCAGGCCGUGGCCGCCAUGGCCUACGGCACCGAAAGCAUCACCAAGGUUGACAAGAUCCUUGGUCCUGGCAACCAGUUCGUGACCGCCGCAAAGAUGUUCGUGUCCAACGAUACAUCCGCUGGUGUCAGCAUCGAUAUGCCCGCCGGUCCCAGUGAAGUUCUCGUGAUCGCCGACAAGACCGCCAUCCCUGCCUUCGUUGCAUCCGAUCUUCUCAGCCAGGCUGAGCACGGUGUCGACUCGCAGGUUAUCCUCAUCGCAGUCGAUCUGAACGAAGACGAGCUGCGUGCCAUUGAAGACGAGGUUGAUGCUCAGGCCAAGGCCCUUCCCCGCAUGGACAUCGUCCGCGGCUCUCUCGCCCACUCCGUCACUUUCGUUGUGCGCGACAUCGACGAGGCCAUGACCCUCAGCAACGACUACGCACCCGAGCACUUGAUCCUGCAAGUCCAGAACCCCGAGUCUCUUAUCGAGCAGGUCCAGAACGCCGGCAGUGUCUUCAUCGGUCCCUGGACCCCCGAGAGUGUUGGCGAUUAUUCCGCUGGAGUCAAUCACUCGCUGCCUACCUACGGCUACGCCAAGCAGUAUUCCGGUGUCAACCUCGGCUCUUUCCUGAAGCACAUCACCAGCUCGAACCUGACCGCCGAUGGUCUCCUCGGUCUCGCUAAGACCGUCGAGACCCUCGCCGCCGUGGAGGGCUUGGAGGCUCACAAGCGUGCUGUGAGCAUCCGUGUUGCCCACAUGAAGAAGAGCCAGUCAUAA